AUGAAGAUCAGUCAUGAGUGUGCAGAGCAAGUUCGCCAGAAGGAGCAAGCGCGGCAAGCUCGGUACUACAACCGACGUGCCAGAAUGACGAGGGUGUUCUCGACAGGUGACAGAGUCUGGAUGUAUCGACCACCUCGUGGGACGAAAGCUACAAAGUUAGUUCAUGUGUGGAUUGGACCUCUCCGAAUUAUCGAGCCAGCAGGCUACGACAAUUAUGUUGUGCGACGUGAAGAUCAGAACGAGGAACCGGAGGAAUUUAUAGCCCAUUUGGAAUAUGAAGAGCAACACGCUGAUGACACGCCGGCAGGCACGUUUGCGAGAGCAACGACGGCUCCAGUGCGAGCAGCCUCAGCUCCGGCAGGCUCAAAACGAAGUCGAACAACAGUGGCAGGAACGGAUGUGUGGGGAGAGUCGGGUGGCAAGUUGGUGGAAAUACGACGACGACGUAGACGAAACAAAGCAGGACAAUAUGUACUUGAGCUCGAACUUCGACCGGUUGGACGAGAGUGUCGAGAGACAACUGGCGAAAGUACCCGAUGGGUGUCGAUCAUAGAGUACGACAAAUACUUUCAGGACGAUCUUUCGGAAGAGUGUACGUUGGCACGUAGCCAGCUUCAACGUGCAAAGGGUGCGACCAAAGGGCGGAAGGAGUCCAACGGAUUCAACGGACACACGGUUAGGACGGAGAUCGCAGACGGCGAGCCGUCGCGACCGGUGGCGUUAGACGGCAGGAAGAGCAAGGACUACCGUGAAACGGAGAACAAGUAG